GUGGGCGUGGCCAGCCCGUGUCUCUUCUCUUCUCGGCUUUCCAGGCGUGCACUGUAGCGAUAGCGAAGGCAACAGAUACUGCUACAUUUCAGGAUGGAGCCCUCUCCUUUUAAUAGAAGGCAAUGGACAUCACAUUCUCUGAGGAUCACGGCCAAAGAGUUGUCUUUGGUCAAUAAGAACAAGUCAUCGGCUCUUGCAGAGAGGUUCUCGAGGUACCAAAAGGCAGCUGAGGAAGCAACUGCAGAGAAAAAAAGAAAUAAUGCAGAGACCCUCCCUCCUCAUUUUAAAAGGGGGACGCUCAGCCUCUUGAAGAAGAAGUGGGAGAAUCCAGUCUUGGAGGCUCCGAAGGAAACGCUACGGAGCAGCUGUGCUGCUGAGGUUAGGCAGAAGGCUGUCAGCCCGGCUGGUGGAACGGAAGGCGGCUCUGCCUGCCUGGCAGAAACUGACAAGGCUUCAGGGAUUGGUCCCACAUCCAGAGUGACUGGCCAGUUCAGAUAUCCCAGUGUUGACAGCGAAGAGGCAAAAGCCUAUUCACCCGAGAGUGGGGAAAUGGAAAACUGUCUCAGAGAAACCCAGCAAGAAGUCGGCAAGCCUGAGGCCAUUGGGAACCCAGACUCUUCAGAGAAGAUAGAGAAGUGUAGCGUUCCUCUGAGGAGUCUAAAGAUGAUGUUUGAGAGGGGGGAUGCAGGCCACACGAAGGUGCUUCGUGACCAGGGCAGGGCUGCUGGUGUUGGGAGGAUCUCAGAGAACAGCUUUUCAUCAGAGGACCUUGACUUCAGUCCUGGAGAAAGAAACCAUAAUGCCUCAGGUCAUCCACUGUGCGGCUCUCCAACAUCUGGCCCAGAGAGCAGGAAAAACCAGGAGAUACCCCGUUUGUCGGAAACAUCAAUCAAGGAUCGACUUGCCAAGUACCAGGCAGCAGUGUCCAAGCAGAAUGAGAUUCAAACCAGUGAAAACGAAGUCAAGAGUUACAGUUGUGAGCUGAAAGAAAAUUGGCCCCCAAGCUCUGAAGAUAUCUUUCCCCAGCAGGAUGGGGAGAAGGUUGCCAUAGGCGAUGGUCUGAAUUCCAGCCUCUGUGAAGAUGGCACCAUUGGAUUAAACUACCAGAAAGAAACUGAAGCCCUGAGGCCAGUCGGUGCCAAACAAAGUCCUGAUUCUAAAUCAUCCAGCCAGACUGAUGCUUCUCUGCCCAAACCAGUGAAGAAGUUCCAACUGCCAGCAAAGGAAACCUGCUUUGCAUGCAAGAAAACAGUUUAUCCAAUGGAGCGUCUCUUUGCCAACCAGCAAGUUUACCAUAUUAGCUGCUUCCGCUGUUCUUACUGUAACAGCAGACUCACUCUUGGAACAUACGCAUCUCUACAUGGCAGCAUUUACUGCAAGCCUCAUUUUAGCCAGCUCUUUAAAUCCAAAGGCAACUACGACGAAGGCUUUGGGCUUAAGCCACACAAAGAACUGUGGGUUAGCAAAACGGAGAGUGAAGACUCCCCAGAGAAACCUGCGCCGGUUGGGAAUGCAACAGAGGGCCCCCGAAGUCCUGGAGUAGAGGAUGCGCCGAUCGCAAAAGUUGGCAUUCUGGCAGCCACCAUGGAGGCAAAAGCUGCUGGUGUGCCAGAGAAAGAAGAGAGGUUGACCGAAACGAAGAAACUGAAGAUUGCCUGGCCACCACCUGCUGAGCACGGUAGUCAAGGUAGUGUCUUGGAAGAAGGUAUCAAAGUGCUGAAGCCCAAGUGGCCGCCAGAGGAUGAGGCUUCUAAGCCAGAUAAUCAGGAAGAUGUAGACCAAGACCUUAAAAAAUUACGGAGGUCGUCUUCGCUGAAAGAAAGAAGCCGGCCGUUUACAGUGGCAGCCUCUUUUAGAACAAUGUCUGUUAAGAGCCACAGGACUGAAAAUGGAUCUCGUUUGAAAACUGAGAGGAGUGCUGUCAGGCGACGAGAGGACCUGGCCAAGGAAAUGGUGGUGGAAGUCAGGCCAAGUGAGGAAAGUAACACAGCCAAUCCAGAAAACGCCCCCAGUGUAGAGGAGAUGGACCAGGAGUCUAAAGAACUGGAUAAAAAGGAAGGAGAAGCAAGAGGAGGAGGAAGCGGAGAAAUCCCGGUUGCAAACGGCCAGCAGGGUGUAGAGAUGGAUGAGGAGGAAGUAGAAGAAAAUGUUGAAAAGCCAUCUCAGUCUCUGGCUAAAGCAGCCUCGAUUCUUACAUCUCCUGUGCACGCAAUCUUCAAUUCUGCAACUACGAAAGAUGUAUCCCUUAGUCCAAGUUAUAAAUCCCAAGAUGUUUUUUUCAAAGGCGAAGAUCUAGAAGGUUUGACAGUGGAAGAACGGAUCAAGAGGAACAGAUACUAUGAGGACGAAGAGGACGAAGGAGAAUAAAUGGGUUUUACUAGAGAACUUACUGCAAGGUGCUGGGCCUUAAAUUAAUGUGUGUUUAAUUAGGGGGGGAAGGGUCUUUUUCUUCCUAAAGUGGCUACCCUCUGCAGAAGUGACACAGUGCUGCAAAUUGAUACAUAAGGGAACCAUAAAGACUUGCUCAGAUUUAAAUUACAUAGGAAAGUUUUGGAAUCCUGCUAUAAUGUAAUUAAUUUUGUGGGAGUUAAUUAGUAUAUAUAAGAAUCAUUGGUAUGGGUAUAGCUGCUGCCACCUCAGUUGAGUAAAAACUCCAUUCAAUGUCCUGGCCAGUUCUUUAAUGCUUUUAUCCGCUUCUUUUGACAGCUGGACAUUUUUGCAGGAUCUUGCUAUUAUCCAUACAGCUGGAAGAAAAUGGGCUUUUAACAACACUACUAUUACCACUAAGUAUGAGAUGUCAGUGCUUAGGGACCAGUUGCAAAGGGGAUGGGUGGGUGGAGUUUGCUUUAAAUGGUGACUGCACUUUAAUGUAUGUGUAAAGGCACAAUGGAUAACUGGGAUACUUUUUAAUAGUGAAAACACUGUCUUCUAGAUGUCCAGCAACUGUGUAUCUUAAGCAUGCAGUUGUCAGAGUGAUUUUAGGGGUACAUAGUUGGCAGCAAUCAGGAGAGAAAUCUCCUUUGCACUUUGCUCUUUUGCAUACAAUGUUGGUUGUUGCGAACCAGGACCUAAGUGGGUCUGAGCCUCCUGGCUGGCCAGUGUGACAGAGUAUUUUUCCUCAUAACUUAGGUUUAAACCUUUUAAUUUCCAAAAAUAGUACUGUUGUAGAACUGUCUGUGUAGAGGACCAUGCUUCUGACCGCAGUGUAUUGCUAUCUGGAUUUUGAAUUUUGUCUUCCUGAAUCAUGUUUUCUACUUGAAAUUUCCAUUCUUUUUUUCUGACUCUUGGAUGCAAAUCCUAAGAAAUUCUGUGUGCACCAAACUGCCAGAUUGUAGGAAUCAGCAUGAGAAAUGACACAUGCAGAACAGACAAACAAAAUCUACAUGAUGAAAAAAAAAAAGACACAACAGUGAGAUUUUUUCCUGGAAGUGAUUCCUAGCAUUGUGUGUGUUAGAGCUUUUCAACUUGACUGCAUGCAUUUUAUAAAUAAUAACAUUUUUGAACUGGGUGAAGGGGUUUUUCUUCAGUAGUUUUUAAUCUUUUCUAACAUGUUUACUUAAUUUUAGCUCUACCUAUAUUUUAGACUUGUAAAAUAUUCUGCUUUUUACAAUCUUGCUGAGUAUGAAGCAUUUUUAUUCAAUAAAGGCUCUGUCAUUUUUAUUGUUGUA